AUGCAGGGCUCGAUGACGGCACUGAGAUACACCACCCGCGCGACCAAGAUCAUCGUCGUCGUGGAGGCCGGGAACGACGGCAACUACUUUGAGAUGGCGUGCCCACACCUCUCUAGCUCCGGCCGUUCUGAGCGCCGGGAGCACGAGCAAGAGCGGGAGCGCGAGCACGGCGAGAAGCGCGAGCAGGAGCAGGGAGGACAGGAGGAGGAGCAGGGCCACGGCGGCGAGCAGGAGAAAUCGAGGGGCUACAGGCAGGUGAGCGCCGAGAUCAAGGUGGGCUCGGUGAUCGUGCUCCCGGCUGGUCACCCGGCGACGUUCGUGUCCGGGAACGAGGGGAACCUCGCCCUGCUGUCCUUCGGCGUGGGCGCCAACAACGACGAGGAGGUCUUCGUGACCGGCGGGAACAGCGCGCUGAAGCAGCUGGACGAGGCGGCCAAGGCGCUGGCAUUCCCCCAGCAGGUGAGGUAGCUGGCGGACAAGGUCAUCCGCGCGCAGACGGAGGCCGUGUUCCACGAC